CAAUAACUUUAAUAAUAAACAAACCGACCGCCCAAAGUCAUCUCAUUAAAACCAUUUUAGGUUUUUGGUCUUUCACAAGUCUUCAAAUUAUUCUCCAUGAUCUUAUUAACUUUUUUUUGUUGAGCAUAUGGUCUGAAGAACUUCUUUCCAUCUGAAUAGCUUUGAAAUUGGAAGGGUCAAGAAGGCAAACAACAGUACUUAUAAAGUUGAAAAAGAUCAAAAGCCAUCCCCUUUAAUAAUUUCUGUGUGUAGUUUUUCAAAAUCUUUCUUUUUAGGUCAUAUCAUGGAGUCUGCUAAUCUCCAACGUCAGCUCCAAGAACUAUUUGUUGGGUAUUCUUCUCUGGUAUCAGCUCCAAGAACAGCUCCCAUCACUCAUGAGUGCAGCCCCAACAUCAUUCUGGAAGGGAAUUCCUACAACCCUUAUUUGGGGGAUCAAGGCUUACCAUGUUCAAGGGAGAAUGAGAAUCUAUGGUUCAAUUUCUCAUCAAAUAAUUACCAACAACACAAUAAUGAACAGCAGCUUUCAACUCUUUAUUCUUCUGCUCUUCAAUCUCCUGCAAGUGCAAGCUAUGGAGGUUUCCAAGGGAUGGGAGCUGGAUCUAACACAAAUUAUUACAGCCAUGUUUUUUCGAGUAGUUCAAGGAAUAAUAGCACUACUACUUCCACGUUGGAUUUGCUGUCUUCUUCAUCAUUUUCAAGUUCUAUGGGCUACAAUUUACAGGCUGCAGAUCAUCAUAUGGAGUUGCUCUCAGCCCCCAAUUAUUGUAGUGCUGGAUUUCACAAAAAUGGAGCUUUAUUUGGCUAUGGCCAUCAGCAUCACGAUCAUCAUCUGCAAGAUUCAAUAAAUAAUAACAGCCCAUCAAACAGCUCCAACAAAACAUCUUCUUCAAGUGUUGCAAGAGCAAAGAGACCAGUUAACAGCUUGUCUGUGCCUAAAAAGUCCAUUUCAGAAUCUAAGAAAUCAUGUUCCACCUCGAGAUCUUCAUGCCCACCAUUAAAGGUGAGAAAAGAGAAACUGGGAGACAGGAUUUCAGCCCUUCAAAGGCUGGUUGCACCUUUUGGUAAGACUGAUACUUCCUCUGUACUAUCCGAAGCAAUUGGCUACAUUCAGUUCCUUCACGACCAAAUUGAGACUUUAAGCAUGCCUUAUUUGGCGUCCUCUCAGAGCAAACCCUACCAAAAACUGCAGUCUGGUUCAAUCCAGGAAGAUGGAACAAAACCAAGGCUAGAUCUUAGGAGCAGAGGGCUAUGCCUUAUGCCUCUUUCCUGCGCUUCAUUCAUUCAUGGUUAUGAUUGAGAGAGAGCCCAAUGGAGGACCAAAAAAGAAAAUUUUCUCCAGCCAGCAGAGAGCUAAUUGAGACCCAGAGAAAAGUGACCUAAUUCUUAAUAUUGUUAUUGGUUUCUUCUUGGCUGCUCGUUUUGUAUAGCUGUGUUCGUUCUCAGUCCAGUUUAAAGAGAGGAAUAUUGUCAAUAAUGGUGUUUGGUGGAGUGAGCUCUACAAAUAAGUGCUUUUAUGGUUGUUGUAUUAUUUCCCAUUUUCAAGUCUCGUUUGCUUUUGUAAAACACACACGUGUAAGAUUGCAUUUUGUUGCAGAACUUUAUAUGAAUUUUUACAUCCCAUCCCAUCGCAUUUUAAGGAUGGCCUUACUUGUUA